GCGACGAAGAGGAUCUUUAAAGUUGUCUGUUGGAGCCGGUUGGAUCUUUGGUGUAAACAGUCUAUUGUUGAACGGGACUGGAGCUAUGUGAAACUCAUAUCCCUUCUUAAACUACAAUACAGGCAUGAACCGUAAACGAGCUUUGAUUUCAGACACUUUCAAGAUUAAGAAAAGAAGAAAUGGCACUGAGGAGUUUGGAGCUGUCAAUGAGGAAAAUGGACCAACUGACAUCAGAUCCAGCCUGGAGUACCUCAUGACACUGUUUCCCAGGAAGCUCUUCAAUGACGCCUUGCCUCAAAUAGUUCUAAAGCAUCAGCUCUACAGCAUACACAAUGACAAGACUCUGGUGGACAAGGAGCUGAAUAAGCUACGGGAAAGAGGAGAGCUGCUGAUGUUCCAGCUGGGGUUUGAUGCAGAAGCUUUCGCGCUGAUUUUUGCCUCUGAUUACAAGGCUAAAGUGCUGGCUGGAGAGGAGGGCAAAGUGACGAGAGCCACGGUGGAAAAGUUCUUGGAGAAAGUGGUGUCAUCUUGCACAGAUUUAAGCUUCAGCAAGGACAAGAUGCUCAGAGAGUUCCAAUUCACAGACUCUGAAAUAACGCAGCUGGUAAAGUCAGGAGUCCUGACAGUGAGGGAUGCCGGCAGCUGGUGGCUUUCUAUUCCUAACUCUGGAAAAUUUACCAAGUACUUCAUACAAGGUCGUAAAGCAGUGCUCGGCAUGGUGAAGAAGUCCAAAUAUGGCGAGGUCUUAAAGGCAGAUUUGGAGGAGCGGCGAACAACCUCUCUAGUGAAAUUCCACAUGAAAUAUCACAUCCACGAUAUCGUGGGGGCAGAGCUGGUAGAAAGCAUACCCACGACAUCAGGAACAUUGUUGCGAUUUGUUGACAACUGAACCACCUCAAAAGGACGAGCUGGCCGGUCCUCCAUCUGAGCCUGUGUGAAUGCUCAAAUGCAUUAAAUGUACAGGUUUUUUUUUUGUCACUUUCUUGCUUUUCAUAAUAAGUUUUUGGGCUUUUGGGAUGGUGGAUAGACUCAGAAACUAAGAAGAGAGAGUGGGAAAUGGCAGAAGAAAAGAACCACAGACUUUAAAAGCAAGAGGGAUAACUUCUGCACAUUGGGUGUGCGAAAAUAGCCACUAGGCUACCAAUGCCCUAAAUGCAUUACUGAUUGUAUGAGAAUUGUUACCUACCAAAUUAAUUUAAGUUUUCAGAAUUUGAUUCUGUGCCAAAUGUGUUGUAUAAAACCUUGUGGGUUUAUAGAUCGUUAAAAUAUGUUGACAUGACCUUGUCAUAAUUUAUCUUGCAAUAAAGAUGACUUUCUGUCACUCUUAUGUGAGAGGUUUGUCUCUGAGCCGUUCCAUU